AUGGAGAGUUACGGGCUCUCGGCACGAGGUGCUGCAAACGUGGAGGCUAUCUGGCCGCGAAUUGCCAGCGCCGUAGCAGACAGAGAACAGCAGACAGAGGAUUCUAGCAUUGACAUGGGAACGUCUGAGAAUUGGCUCCUUCGACAUGAGCUCAUCGAUCUCUACAAGAGGGCUGUGCAGGAUGACUUGGCAAGCAAGCAUCUCUCUUAUCCGGACGGGUUUUCCGGUGAUCAAGAACUCCUCAGAGCCCUGUCGCAUUUCUUCAAUCGUUUCUUCAAGCCGUGUAUUCCCGUAGAGACCGCGCAUCUCGCGACUGCUCCCGGUGCAGCAUAUGCCUUGGAUGCGCUUCUCUACAACAUAUGUGCAGUCGGAGACGCCAUCCUCAUUCCUACACCGUGCUGGAAUGGAUUCGAUUGGCUUGUCAAAGCCAGAUCCGGAGUGCAGCCGAGAUUCGUUAAAACGCAGUCUCUUGACCGGGUCUUUACAUCUGAUGUAAUUGAAGCAUUAGAAGCGGCUUUUUCCGAGAGCACGAUAUCGAUCAAAGGGCUUUUAUUCACGAAUCCUCAAAAUCCUUUGGGUCAGUGCUACCCAGAGUCUGUCAUCAAGGACAUCAUCGACUUCUGCAACAGGAAGAAGAUUCAUUUCAUAUCGGACGAGAUCUACGCCCUAUCCCGCUUCUCAAACAUGGAUACUCCAGACCCAGUACCGUUUGUCUCGGCAUUACAAAUUGAUGUGGAGGGUAUGGGAUGCGAUUCCUCGCAUGUGCAUACAAUCUGGAGCACCAGCAAAGAUCUGGGCUCCAGUGGUCUACGAAUGGUAUCUCCAAGCCCCUUCGUUGGAUUCAGCCCGUCAAUCUUAGCCGGUCUUAACAAAUCAAUCUUUUUUCAGGGCUGCUGCAUCACACAAAACAACAAACCUUUGGCCGUGGGCCUAGCGUUGGCAUGUAAUACCCAGAUGUCGUCUCUGACCGCCAUCGCCUCCAGCCGCCUGUUGAUGUCGCCAGAGCUUCCGCAUCUCCUUCACCUGAACUCAGAACGCCUUGGUCGGGCGUAUGGCACGAUCACUUCUAUGCUGAAAUCCCGGGGUCUGACUUACAUCCCCGCAAACAUGGGCCCUUUUCUCUUUGCUAGACUCGUCCCCGACGCGCAGACGUGGGAAGACGAGGCGGACACGGUUCACGCAUGCAAAGAGGCAGGGGUGUCCAUUUCCGCGGGGCGUGGCUAUCAUGUUCCCGAUGGCGAGAAAGGCUGGGCAAGGCUGAAUUUUGCCCUCGAUCCGGACAGAUUAGCUGAGGCACUCCGCAGACUAGGCGUUGGGCUCGACAGCGCUUUACGAAAAAGAGGUACCGUGGAACGCGUGGGCGAGUAUUCUUGA